AUGGCCGCCGGCAAGGACAACAAGAAAGCCGCCCCCAAGGGCUCCAAGCAGGCCAACGCUGCUGCCAAGGCCGCGCUCAAGGGUUCGCACUCCCACAAGCAGCGCAAGGUCCGGUUGAGCACCUCGUUCCACCGCCCCAAGACUCUGGUGGUCUCCCGCGCUCCCAAGUACCCGCGCAAGUCGAUCCCUCACCUGCCUCGCCUCGAUGAGCACAAGAUCGUCAUCCACCCUCUCAACACCGAGAGCGCCAUGAAGAAGAUGGAAGAGAACAACACCCUGGUCUUCAUCGUCGACGUCAAGGCCAACAAGGCCCAGAUCAAGCAGGCCCUGAAGAAGCUCUACGACAUCGACACCGUCAAGAUCAACACCCUCAUCCGCCCCGACGGCUCCAAGAAGGCCUACGCCCGCCUGACGCCCGAUGUCGAUGCCCUCGACAUCGCCGCCAACAAGCUGUCCCUGGUUUAG